AUGGCCGUCCAGAUGCAUGAAAGAUUCCAGGAACGUGUUUUGCAAACUCUCAGUUCCCUCAGGAGCCUUGAAAUGUCAGAUGAGUGGAAUAUUACUCUACAAGUCUGGGACGAUGAAUACCUUCUCUCCUACUUCAAUACAUAUACAGCAGAGCCUUUAAAGCACCUAUUAGAUACACAUAGUCCUCCUACGUUUGAAGAUUUGAAAACUCUCGACUGGCUGGAUACUACUGAUGCUGGGGUAUAUGCCCGUCUUAUUUGGCCAACAAUGGAAAAGUCCACUCCACAUAUCUAUGUUGGAUCAGCAACGUCUACAAUGGGUGGAUUAUCGAAGAGGAAGUUAGAUCAUGAGUAUCGUCCCAUAGCACAACAAUGUGCAUACUAUAAGACAUUGAUGAAUCAGCCCGGAGUUCCACGUACUUCCAAAUUCGUUACAAUAUACACAAUGGACUGGGGUUUAUGCUCAAUUGAUGAUAUAAAUUUGAAUCGAAAAUUAUGUUUGCUAGCAGAAGCUGUCUUUACUGCUAUGCUGGGUGGAUACAUGCCAGUAGUAGACAAACCUCUGCAACUGGCUUGCCCAUAUGGGGAUCCCAAAACUGUAUUCGACUGGAGGGGAACAUGCACCCAUUCUUCUCUCUCUGAAAGUCAGCGGCUUCUACACAUACACAAAAAAGCGAAGAAUUCCGCCAGUUCGAAACUCCCAUGGUUCAAAGUGAGAUCGGGAGCUCGGAGGAGGAAGGACCUUACUCCAGAAGAACUUCAAGCAUGUCGAGAGAAAGACAAACUAGCCAUGCGGGAAUAUCGAAAGAAGUUUCGACAUCUACUCAAAGCAAGGAAAGCCAACCGUACCCCUCAGGAAAUAAUAGAGCAUAAAGAAAAAAAGAAGCUCUAUCAACGUCGAUACCGCAAGGAACAUGCUAUGGAAAUUAAGGCGCGUGAAGCACUACUUCCUCCAGAGGUAAAAAAAGAACGUGCCGAAAGAUCUAAACUUCGAACACAAAAGUCACGCUUGAAAAAACGCCUUGCAAACCCCAAACCUCCGCGGAUCAUACCUCCUCACAGAGUUAAAAGAAACGCGGACCGGAAAAGACUGCGAGAUGGUGACGUGGACUUUAAAAAGAUCAGUAUGCAUGGAACUAGAGUCAAGCGCGCAAGAGACGCUCUGAACAAGCUCAAAGUUGAUGGUGUUGGUGGCAAGGAACUGGACGAAGCCAAGAAGAAAUUCGCAAUAGCAUUCGUCGAUCGGUACAACUUGAUGGUCAACUUGGGGCGCCCUGUCAAAGAAAAGCCAAGUCAAGAGCAAUUCGACCUAGCAGGACCCAGCGUGCAACCAAACAACAGCAAGUCUGCUGUUGUUUCUACAGGAGACGAAGUGGAUGAAUGUAGCGAAGAGGAAGACAUCGAUACGUCGGAGGAAGACAUCGAUACGUCGGAGGAUGAAACUUCGGACAGCGAGGAUGAACUGGACACGGAUGAUGAGGAACUGUUUAUCAUUCCCCAUGGACCCAACAAGGAAGGCAGCAUACCCAAGAACGAAUCCACCGUACCCCGCGAUGCUCGAAUUGACAAUCAUCUCGCCCCAGCCCCCGAAAUGGUCAGUCCCUGGACGAUAGCUGCCAAGACUACUGUCAAGAAGCAGGAAAAAUCAAAGCCGUUCUUACGCAUGGCAAAUGGUCCUGCUCUAAGCCACGAGAUGACCACGCCCUGGACUAUAGCGACGGACGCAUUUCGCAGACAGCAGACGAUCCUGGGAAGAUCUCUCGUUAGGAACGAGUCUCCUUCGAGAAAACGAGUGAAACGGCCGGUCCAAACCUGCAUAUUGAUAUUAUAUCUUAAUCUGAGCCAAUCGAGUCCGGGAACGCACUUAUAUCCUAAGAUCCCAGAAGGGGGAAGAUUAAUGGUGUAUAUGAGUUGUCAACUUCGAACAAAGAAGUUUUGUGCAACGGACAAGAUGUGUCCGUCUCUCGGGAGCUCGCAGCGGGAUGACGGAAGCAAAGAUUCUGAGAAAGCAUAUGAAAAGGGAAUGAUCUCUGGAUUGCUUGAAGAACUAAUUGACUCCGAAAUCUACCAGCUAUUCAUGCUCCUCGACUUUACACAAAUGCCUCGGCUGUUCUGA